GAAUUCAACACCAAGCCAUUCACGACAUUCCAACGACGCCGCUCGAUCAACCAAGAACCAAAAUAAUUUACAAUAAUUUUUACCGCAAUAAUUAUAAAUUUUUAAUCUCUACCAAAUUAUUCUUCUUUCUGCAAAAAACAAAUGUUGAUUAAAUUAUUUGUUCAUCAUAAAAUAUUGUUAAAAAUUAAGUCUAGUGAACCUUGAGUAAAUUAGGAGUUUUGAUUAUUUAUUGCGUGAUCAUUAAUGUUUCACGAAACCCUAGAAAAAUUGCACAAAUUUCAAUUUACCUGUAAAUUCCUCACAGAUCCCAAUAAACAUAACCAAAUCCUGAAGGUACAAACGAACCAACCAACUAUUUCAUCAUUAUUAGAAGGAAGACAAAGCAGCCUAAACAAUUUUCUUCUACUACUUUUUUUCUGGGCAUCAAAUUGUUUUUAGCGAGUUGUUUCCUCUCUCAGGUAAAACAUCAAACACUUUAUGAGCAAGAUUUUGUUUUGUUUAUGUGAUUAUUUUUAUAAUUCUUGUUGGUCUCUGUUGCUUUUGCUUGAAAUUUGGGACACUCGUGACUUUUUUGUAACGACUUUGAUGUAAUGUUUUUGGAAAUUUAUCUGUUGGGUUUUUUGACUUUUCUUACUGUCUAAUUUUGACUGUUGUUUAGUGUGAAUGCAGGAAAAAAUUGACCUUUGAUUGUGAUUUUGGGGUACAAACAUAAUAUUUGGAAAAAGGGCUUAUUUUUUUGGAAGAUAAUGCUAUUUUUCCAGUUUUUGAGCUUUGGAAAAUUUUGGGUUUCUGGAAAUGAUUGCAAAGCUGUUGCUUUGGUUGGUUACAGGGUGUCAAAAGGUGUAGAAUUUCUUGAAAUUGUGAAGUUGACUUGUCAAGAUUGCGGUUGACAUAAGGAGUUUCGGGUAUUAUUAGUUUGGGGCUAAUAGUUUCUGGAAUGUGUGAGAAGUUUUUUAUUUUUUUUUCUACUUUUAUUAAUUGUUCCUUGAAGUUUCUUUUAGUUGACUAUAGGGAGGAAGAUCUUCUGGAAUGUUGAAUAUCUUGGCAAACUUGAAUCUUGUCAGAUAUAUAAGAUAAGAAUCUCCUUUCACAAUUGAGCAAGUAGUCUGGAGUGUGGGGGUUCUGGAAACAAGCAUGUGCUUGUAAAUUGAUGGAGAUCUGAAAUUGCGAGAUGUUUGUGUAAUCAGGUUUCUUUUUCACCUUUCUUUGAGUGGGUCUAUCCGAAACAACCUCUCUGUUUGUGUAAGGCCUGUGUACACUCUACCCUCCCCAGACCCCACUUGUCUGGGUGGUUGUUGUUGUUGUUGUUUGUGUAAUCAGGUGAGAGUUGCUACAAUUUGAUUGUAUUGCAAGGAGAUCGAGCUCCUCACGAGCCUUACUAGUUGUUUGUGUGUUCUGGAGUGUGAUAAUAAGAAGUUUUGUUCUCAGUAGAUGCUUUUUUCGUCAUUUUAGUUUAGGGGUUGUGAUUUUCGUUUAAACCUAUCAUGGAUGAAGCUACGUGCAGCACGAAUGCACUGCCUCCUUUUCUUACAAAGACAUAUGAAAUGGUGGAAGACCCCUCCUGUGAUGCCAUUGUCUCCUGGAGUUCGAGUAAUAAAAGCUUCAUUGUGUGGAAUCCUCCGGAUUUUGCAAGGGAUUUGUUGCCUAGAUACUUCAAGCACAAUAACUUUUCGAGCUUUAUCAGACAGCUAAAUACUUAUGGAUUCAGGAAAAUUGACCCCGAAAAAUGGGAAUUUGCAAAUGAAGAUAAUUUUGUUAGAGGUCAGCCGCACCUUUUGAAGAAUAUCCAUAGACGUAAACCUGUUCACAGUCAUUCUGCACAGAAUCUUCAUGGCCUGUCGUCACCAUUAUCUGAAUCAGAAAGACAAGGGUACAAAGAAGAUAUUCAAAAGCUGAAGCAUAAGAAUGAAUCACUUCACUUUGACCUACAAAGACAUAAGCAGGAUCACCAAGGACUUGAAUUGCAAAUGCAGGUUUUGACUGAACAUAUUCAACACGUGGAACAUCGUCACAAGACCAUGCUCUCUGCUUUAGCUCGAACCUUAGAUAAACCAGUACCGGAUUUGAGUCACAUGCCACAAGUUCAAGUGAAUGACAGAAAAAGAAGGUUGCCGGGAAACAGCGGCUUCUAUAAUGACAGUGACCUGGAAGAUACGCGAGGGAUUUCAUCUAGGGCUUUGGCUCUAGAGAAUAUGAACCCGUCCUCUCUUCUGACAAUGAACGCAGAACUAUUAGAUCAGUUGGAAUCUUCUUUGACAUUUUGGGAGGAUGUGCUACAAGAUGUUGAUCAAGCUGGGAUAAAACAGAAUUGUUCAGUGGAGUUGGAUGAAUCUACAAGUUGUGCAGAUAGUCCUGCUAUAUCUUACGCACAACUAGAUCUUGAUAUUGGGCAUAAGGCUUCUGGAAUUGACAUGAAUUCUGAGCCUAAUGCAAACAUUACUCUUGAGGUUGCGGGAUCAGAAGAUCAAGAAGCAGUAGCAGGGACAGCUACUCAUGUCCCAACAGGGGUUAAUGAUGUAUUUUGGGAGCAGUUCUUAACUGAGAAUCCUGGUUCAGUUGAUGCAUCUGAAGUACAAUCGGAAAGGAAAGACAUUGGUAGCAAAAAGAAUGAAAGCAAACCAGUUGACAGUGGAAAAUAUUGGUGGAACGUGAAGAGUGUAAAUAGCCUGGCAGAACAGUUGGGACAUCUUACUCCAGCAGAGAAAACUUAAUUUGUAAGAGGUUGUAUUGAAAAGGCACAUCAAGAAGACGCAAGAGAGUUACAAAGAAAAUAGAUGAUAACUCCGGAAUUGCAAAAAAAAACAAAUGAGAUCUGGGAGUCAAAACCUAUAGCAAAAACUCAAAGCUGUUAAGCAAUUGAGAGGGAGCUAAUGAAAUCUACAAGGGAAAUCACAUCAUUUACAGGGGAAUAUUUGCUUCAACUAAACAGAAUAACAUAGAAUUGUUUCCUCUCGGACUCAGGUAUUCUUGGCUGGGAUGAAGUCAUUUCAUCCAUAAUUUGCUUACAAAUUUUUCAUGAAACCAAGUGAAAGCAAGAAUGUGGUUUCUUCUUUUUCA